AUGGCCGAUCUGUACGGAACGCCGCAGGACUCGGAAGAAAUCUCCAACAUUCUCAGCCACCUCCUCCACCACGGCGGCUCCCCCUUCAAGCCCUCCUCUUACACGCACCUCCUCAACUCCUCAGUCCCGCCGCCGUCUCACGAGUUGCUGGCCCGAUCAGCCGACCGGUCCGACUCCGACCGCCCCUCCGACUUCAAUUUCUCCGACUCCGGCGGGUACUUCGUGGACUCCGACGCCAACACUUCGAAGAAGAAGAAAGGGAGGAGAGUCUCGUCGGAGAAUGAUCUCGGUGACGUCAGCUGUGACAGUGAGGGUCCUGAAGCGCCGGAGGUUCCGUUGAACCCUGCGCCGCCGCGUAGUUUGUCCAAGAGGAGCAGAGCGGCGGAGGUCCAUAACUUGUCGGAAAAGAGAAGGAGGAGUAAGAUUAAUGAGAAAAUGAAAGCUUUGCAGAACCUGAUUCCUAAUUCUAACAAGACGGAUAAGGCGUCAAUGCUGGAUGAAGCAAUUGAGUAUUUGAAGCAGCUCCAGCUUCAAGUACAGAUGUUAACAAUGAGAAAUGGACUGGGUUUGCAUCCCAUGUGCUUACCAGGUAUGAUGCAGCCUGUGGAGUUGCCUCAUAUGGCAUUGGGCUUUGACGAAGGAAGUAACAAAGUUCCAAAGUCUAGCAGAGGAACGAGUCCAUUUUUUGGGAGUGAAGAGAACUCAAUGCAGUCAGCCUAUAAUGUUUCUAGUGGAUGCACAAUCUCAAAUCAGCCAAUGGUCAUACCCUCAGCUGCAAAUGUCCAUACUCCGGAAGCUUCAUUUGUUUUUGAACCAUCAACUCAAGCUUACUACAGACCCGUCUUUGUUGCCACAUCUUCUAAGGUAAAUUCAAGCAUGAAGCGUAAUACUUCUCCAAUUUCCAAACCUACCCAGAACCCAACAAUCCCAAAUGUCUCCAAGGAGAUCCAAGAAAUCCGAAUCGACUGCUCCCGGACCAACCCGCCUGACCCGAAACCCGACCCGGUGGUGGAGUCUGAUCCUCUGGCCAGGGCACAGGCGGUGCUGCUUCAGCCUGAGGAGGAGAGCCCGGCGAGCACCGGAAGGCAGAGGAUUCACAUUGAGAUUGGGAAGGACCAUCGGAUUUCGUACCCGGAGAAAGGCGGUGGUGGGUCGUCGUAUGGGAGCGGUGAGGUUCGCUCCGGCGACCAGGGGGGGAGUACGGGGCCGGAGGUGUCGCAUUUGGGGUGGGGGCAUUGGUAUACUCUGAGAGAGCUUGAGGAUGCUACCAAUGGGUUUGCUGAUGAGAAUGUGAUUGGUGAAGGUGGAUAUGGGAUUGUGUAUAGAGGUGUUCUAAUGGAUAGCUCAAUGGUUGCGGUGAAGAAUUUGCUUAAUAACAAGGGACAAGCUGAGAAGGAGUUCAAGGUUGAAGUUGAAGCAAUUGGACGUGUUCGCCAUAAGAAUUUAGUGAGGUUGCUUGGCUACUGUGCUGAAGGAGCUCAUAGGAUGCUUGUGUAUGAGUAUGUUGACAAUGGAAACCUGGAACAAUGGCUUCAUGGGGAUGUCGGCCCUGUCAGCCCUCUUACAUGGGAGAAUCGUAUGAACAUAAUACUUGGGACAGCGAAAGGGUUGACAUACUUGCAUGAGGGACUAGAGCCCAAGGUUGUUCAUCGUGAUAUUAAGUCCAGCAACAUCUUGCUUGAUAAGCAGUGGAACUCGAAAGUAUCUGACUUUGGCCUAGCAAAGCUCCUGGGAUCAGAAAGGAGUUACGUGACAACUCGUGUGAUGGGAACUUUUGGAUAUGUAGCUCCAGAAUAUGCUAGUACUGGCAUGUUGAAUGAGAGAAGUGAUGUUUAUAGUUUUGGGAUUCUCAUAAUGGAGAUCAUUUCGGGCAGAAACCCAGUAGACUAUGGCAGGCCUGCAGGAGAGGUGAACCUAGUUGAAUGGCUUAAAACAAUGGUUACCAAUCGGACCGCCGAGGGAGUUUUAGAUCCUAGGCUGCCAGAGAAGCCUUCUUCCAGGGCAUUGAAGCGUGCUCUUCUUGUUGCCUUGCGUUGCGUGGACCCGAAUGCUCAGAAGAGGCCAAAAAUGGGGCAUGUGGUCCAUAUGCUUGAAGCUGAUGAGUUCCCUUUCAGAGAUGACCGCAGGCCUGGAAGAGAAUAUGGACGCUCACCACGUGAUGCUGCAAAGCGUGUUAUGGAAUCAGGUGAUAGUAGCGGGUAUGACAGUGGUGCCCAAACUAACAUAUCAGUAUGGAGAAAGCAAGAAGUUGAAGAAGUGAGUUAGCCUACCGGUCACCAGCUUUGUGUGUAAGGUGAAUUGACACACCUUGUUUUACUCAUGUGCCUAUGUCUAGAUCUAGAUCAACUGUUAUUUAUGUUCCUGUAUAGUAGCUAGUCAUGUCAAUAUGAGUUCGGAGUCCAGCAUUUUGUUCCCUUCUCUUGAUGUAAUUGGAAUAACCAGAAUUCUUCUGCUUUUCCCACUGGCUGUUGUAUAAUCAUCUUAGUAUGAAUAGAUCAUUUUCAUUUUUUCUUA